AUCUGUAUUGACUUUCUCAACAUGCCACGUGUACACAACCUUUAUCCUCCCUCUUUGCUACUUCUCUUCUCAUCAUUUCGAUCCGACAGGUUUGUUUGAAGAUUCAACCUUAAAAAAAAAACAAAAACAAAUUUGAUCGUCCGAAAGAAACUACAUCUCAGGUGAUUCACAAGAACGAUGGACAAAUUGAAGAUAGCUGAGUGGGGAGAGAAGCUGAAGACAGGAGGAGCUCAGAUGAGCAGGAUGGUGAGCGACAAAUUCAAAGACAUCCUCCAAGCUCCCACUUUGGAAUCCAAAAUGGUCGAUGAAGCUACUCUGGACACUCUAGAGGAGCCCAACUGGGGUAUGAACAUGAGGAUAUGCGCUCAGAUCAACAACAACGAGUUCAACGCCACGGAGAUCGUUAGAGCCAUCAAGAGGAAGAUCUCUGGUAAAAGCCCUGUGGCCCAAAGGCUGAGCCUUGAGCUUCUCGAGGCUUGCGCUAUGAACUGUGACAAGAUUUUCUCUGAAGUUGCUUCGGAGAGAGUUCUUGAUGAGAUGGUUUUGUUGGUUAAGAACGGUGAAGCUGAUUCUGAGAAUAGAAGCAGAGCUUUUCAGCUUGUUAGAGCUUGGGGACAGUCUCAAGAUCUUGCUUAUCUUCCUGUCUUUAAGCAGACUUAUCUGAGCUUGGAAGGAGAUAAUGGUUUAAACUCUCGUAACGAGGAGAAUCCAAUGAGUGGACAAAGCUCUCUGGAGUCUCUCAUGCAAAGGCCUGUUCCAGUUCCUCCACCUGGUAGCUAUCCUGUUCCUAAUCAAGAACAUGGUCAUGGAGAUGAUGGUGGUGGUCUCGACUAUAACUUUGGAAACUUAUCGAUCAAGGAUAAGAAAGAGCAGAUUGAGAUUACACGGAACAGCCUCGAGUUGCUCUCUAGCAUGUUGAACACUGAAGGGAAACCAAAUCACACAGAGGACGAGCUAACGGUGAGCUUGAUGGAGAAAUGCAAGCAGUCACAGCCGUUGAUUCAAAUGAUCAUAGAGAGCACAACAGACGAUGAGACUGUUCUUUUUGAGGCUCUCCACGUGAACGAUGAGCUCCAACGCGUUUUAGCUAUUUAUGAGAAGACUGAUGAAAGUGAGAAGAAGACGUCCAUGGUGGAACAAGAAUCAUCGGGAAGCAAAGAUGCUGGUCCGAAACCAACAAAAGAAGAACAUCAUGUGAAACAAAAGGAUGUUGACGAUGGGAAACAUUCAGAAUCAUCAGGAUACUCCAACAAGGCUGGCAAAGAAGAUAAGCAGGUGAAAAUAGAACUCGGGUUAUCGAGUGAUGAAGAUGAGAAAUGAGCAAGUCUGUGUGUUGUCUUCCUAGGACGUGGUUAUCAGAAUGUUGGGGAAGCUUUGCUGUUCUUUUGAUGUUUUCUUCUGCAAUGUACGUUCAACUAUACAUAUGUGGAACCUUGUUUGGGUUCAUUUUCUUUGCUCUUGACAUUUUAAAAACCGUAGGUGAAUCUUCACCCGCCACCGUAUGUAUUCAUAUACGUUUGGUGUAUUCAUACGAGGUGUUUUGGUCA